AUGGCACCGUCACAGCACCCCAAGUCGGCCGCCGCGCCGGCCACCACGUCCGAUCAGAUGUCGACCGCCUCUUCGCGUCCCACGAACGGCACGGCCCAUACGUCAGCCGAGACCGCUUACCCAUCUUCCAUGACAGAUUCAAAGCCGACUCAGUCGGGGCCUGGCAGCCGUGCGUCGGAUGAACAAGACGCUGAUGAGGCGUAUUCCAACCACAGCGAACAACACAUGGACCACUCGAACCCGGACGGCCACCCGUCCAAACCAUCUGGUCGCAAAAAGAAGAAGAAGGCAAAGAAAGGUCGUGCAGGCUCGCAGACGCUCGGAGAUGAAAGCUCCACCCCUCUGUCCACUCCUUCCGUUUCGAUGUCACACCCUCUUCCGCCGCCUCUGCCACCUCAUCUCGGCACCCGCACCAUCCUCAAGUCGGCCAAAGACCGUAGCAUAUGGAACACGUCGACGCAGGAAGAGCGGGAGAAUAUCAAGACCUUCUGGCUUGAAUUGGGCGAGGAGGAACGGCGGCAACUCGUCAAGGUCGAGAAAGACGCGGUGCUGAAGAAGAUGAAGGAACAGCAAAAACACUCAUGCAGUUGCACGGUGUGCGGGCGAAAGAGGACCGCUAUCGAAGAGGAAUUGGAAGUGCUCUACGACGCCUAUUACGAGGAGCUCGAGCAGUACGCCAACAACAACCAAGGGUCAUUCGAGAAGGGCUCGCCCAUCGUUCCGCCUCCUCGCUUAUAUCAACCACCGUUGCGUUCGCCCGGUCAACAUACGAGAACCCAAGGACAGUUUCAUCCCUCGAGGGGUCGAAUCCACGAGAUAACUGAAGACGAAGAAGACCUGGAAGAGGACUACGAUGAUGAGGAAGAAGACGAUGACGAGCCGUACAGUGACGAUGAGUUCGAAGACGAAGAAACCCGUGCUGCUCGUGCGGAUUUCUUUGCUUUUGGAAACAGCUUAACUGUAAAAGACGGAAUCCUUACGGUUGCAGAUGACCUAUUAAAGAACGAUGGGAAGCAUUUCAUCGACAUGAUGGAGCAAUUGGCGGAGCGCCGGAUGCAACGCGAAGAAGAUACACAGUACAAUAUAGCUGCAGCACAUCAGUCCCUUCAUAGCGGUCAUAAUCAUCCUCCAUAUGACGAAGAAGACUACGAUGACGAGGAAGACGAGGAGUAUGACAGUCAGGAGGAGGAUGAUUAUGACGAAGACGAAAUGGACACCAUGACGGAAGAACAACGCAUGGAGGAAGGCCGACGCAUGUUCCAGAUCUUCGCCGCUCGAAUGUUUGAGCAGCGUGUGUUAACAGCCUACCGAGAAAAAGUCGCCGAGCAACGCCAACAGAAGCUAAUCGAGGAGCUCAUGGAGGAGCAGACUCGAACGGAACAAAAGAAUGCCAAGAAAGCCCGCGAAGCCGAGAAGAGGAAGGAGAAGAAGCGCCUUCAGAAACAGGCCAAGGAGGAGGAAAAGGCCCGGCGCGAGGCUGAAAAGGCGGCCGAGGAGGCCGCUGCCAAAGCCGAGCAGGAGAAGAAGCUAGAGGAACAGCGAAGAAAACGAGAAGAGCAAAGGAAGAAACGGGAGGCCGAGCGGAAAGCCCAGGAAGAAGAGCGCGCACGCAAGGAAGCCGAGAAACAGCGGCGUCUGCGCGAAGAGCGAGAGAGACAGGCCGAAGCAGAGCGAAAACACCGCGAGCAGAAGGAGCAGGAGAAGAAGAAACGGGAAGAAGCUCGACGAAAAGAGCGCGAGGAGCGCGAAUUGAGGGAGAAGAAGGCCAAGGAAGAGCGAGAGCGCAAGGCCCAAGAGGACCAGAAGAAGGCCAACCAAGAGACUCCCGAAACGAAACGUACCUCGCACUUGGGACCUGUUCCUAUCCCGGCGAACUUGCAGCCGCAAGGAUCCUCAAGCCACCUUCAGUCCCCGCACCUUCAGAGCGCAUCUCCUGCUGUCCCUAAAGCUCCCACUCCUGCCAAAGCUCGCCAGCCGUCUCAACAAGGCUCUCACGGAUCGUCUCCGCGAUCCCAGCAGGCUAGCACGGAACCUUUCCACACAUCCAUCUCUCCGCGGUCAAUGGCGCCAUCUCAAUCGUCGGGAGCCUCCAGUGUGGCUUCCAAGCAAGGUUACGGACAACAGCCCAUGCUUCACCACCCCCAACCUUCCACGCCGCUGUCCCCUCUCGGCUCUGUGAACAGAUCGUUGCCUCCCGGGUUUGCCAGUGCUGGGUUACCGUCAAAUCCGCCCGGCUUGCCUGGCAUGGUUCCUCGGCCGCCGAUCGGACAUGAACUUCCUACAUACCCGCCACAUUCUGGACCGCUCAUGAAUCAACUCCGAGGUUUCCCGGCUCCUAACGGAAUCCCUAUUCCCCCCGGUAUCAAUGGCACUCGGCCUCUAGCGCCCGGUCGGGGAUUCCCGCUUGAAGCAGCCCCUGGUCUCCCGUUCCAUACACAGCAACCGAUUGCGGGAGCGUUUGCUUCGCACCAAGGUGGUAUGUCCCAUGGUCAUUCUAGACAACCGUCAGGGUCAUUCGAGCGUUCGCCUCUUGAACCGCAUGCGCAACCCUUCCCUAUCUCGCGGCCCAGUCCGAUCAAACGACCGCCUAGCACGCAGCAGGAGCAGAGUGACGCCAAUCGUGCCACCCAGCGUGAUGUCGACAACCUCAGUGCCCAGUUAGGCAGCAGUGCCCUCCUGGAUGACACGGACAUUCCGUUCACAUCAAAUCUCUCGCAGUCUCUUCCUGGUGCGACGGCUCCAGGAUCGCUGCCAGGGCCUACGCGAGCCAGCUUCGGUGCGCCGUCUCUGUUCCCAGAUCCUCUUGCAUCUAAACCCGGCGGUUUUCCAAUGGGCCCUGGUGUAGGGGCCAACACAUGGGGCACGCAGAUCCCAUUCGUUUCGUCCGCUUUCCCCGGAGCUCCGGCAUGGGGAACUGCACAUGGGAGCGGCUGGUCCAAUAACGCAUUUGGCUCAGGUGGUCAUCAUCGCGCGCACACAUCACGCCCCGUCGCAAUUCGGCUUUUGGUGAUUCAGGCUUGCAAGCAACUUGACACGAUGAGCUCCUCCAAGGCGGGAAGUGGUUAUCAUGAUGUGAAGAUUGUUCUGCAGCAGGUGGAGCAGCUCCGGCCAUCUAACGAACCUUCGAUCCCACUCAAGGAAAUGCUAGAUAUUUGCGACACGGAAGGCAACACGCAGAAUGGAGGUGGAUCGUUCUCUAUCAAGAAGGACGAGACGGGAGAGUUUGUCAAGUUCGAACCGGAUAACAACAGUGCUGCCUCAGGCCACAGAGGGAGCAUCGUACCUGGGGAGAUUGGCAGUCCAGUCCCGAGUAGCAGCAUGCCGGCGUUUGGCGGAAUCGGUAACACACCAUCUGUCCUCCGGCAGUUUUCUUCUCCAACGGGUUUCUAA